CUGAUUUAUUGAACUCCUAAACGCAGUAUCCGUUAUCAAUCGGAAAAUCACAAGAGCCACACAACAUUUUACGAUUUGACCUGCGCUUUAACAUGUACACUGAAUUCACCGUGUUCAUAAGUUUACUGAUGAAUGAAUUUGUUCCUCAUCGUUCUUCACUCCUGAUUUCAUGAAGGCCAUUCAGCAUACGUACAGUUCAAGUGUUCUAUCACUUGGCUCUGCGCAGAAACAAAAUCACAAGAAUGCUUCACAUAAUUCCAAUAAUGGCGGCAUUCGUUUUUUCAGAUCAACCAGCUCCCCCAAUUUCAACGUUAGAAUUUUAUGCAAAGCAAUUACAAAUUUGGAGGUGGCGGCAAAAGAAGGAAGCAGCCGGUCUUUACAAGUGGAAGAACCCACUGAACAACAAAAUGGCGCGCAGUUACCUAUCAGAGAGCCAUAUAGCGAAGAAGAAGAGGAAGAAAGUAUCUCAAGAAUUCCAGUGCCAAGACAACGAUACAUACCCAUUUCUAAAACAGACCUUAUAAAUUCUAUUCUUUCACUUUUCAGCAGCGAAAAGGAUGGCCAGGAUUUUUUGACUAUAACAUCGUGUUUGGAAUCCAUUCUUCAUGCUGAGCACAAAACUGUUCUUGAAGAGAUGCGCCUUGAUUACAAUCUCACUCGUGCAUACAUGGAGAAUGGAUGUCAAGAUUUUGAGGACUGUGUUGAAGGUUCAUUGUCAAGCCUAGCAAAAGGAAAAAUGGACUUCAAUCAAAAGAACAAAAUUGAAUAUGCUCCCAAAAUUGAAGAGACAUAUAUGUGGCUUAAAAAUGAAAUCAAUCAGUGGAAGAAAUCCAGUACAUCCAUUACAAAUGAUCCUCGUAUUCCAGCUGGAGAUAUGAGAGUUAUUUUUGGAACACGAUUUCAGCGGAACUUCUUGCAACUUUUACGGAAUGCCGAGUUUCAAGAAUUAUCAACCCAAGAUUUACAAUUGACCUCUGCCUUGAACACUGAUUACUUGCUAACUCUACCUGUUGAUGUCGAUUGGAAGCGUACAUCUUCAUCAAAUCCAAUCAUCUUCAAACGGGGAUACACUGCUGAAAGGCAAGAUGGCUUGCUUAUUGGAGAAAAGCUUGACUAUUUGCAGUCCAGACUUCUGCAGAAAAUAUUAAGUUGUUUGUCCCAACCUCUUUUGAAGACAGGCACCUGGAUAAAUAAGAAAUGGAAAAACCUUGGAAAAAAUGAACUAGCAAAGACAUGGGUUGAAGGAAUUAAGAUUUGGUUGAAAGAACCACUAUGGCCAAACAGGGUACAGCAAUCAAGAAGUGUUCACCAGAAUGGCCCUCUGCAAGAAAAGUGUACAUCAAACAUGGAAGCAGAAAAUGAGUUGCCAAUUUAUCUUGCUGCACAACAGGCAGUUCCUCGAUAUGAAAGUAUUUUAUCUUCUGCUGGUUCUCGUGGGAGGCUCCUUAGAAAACUGCUUGUUUGGAUGGGCCUUCUUCCAACACAACCAGCAGCAUCUGUUAUGCUUGACAGUUACAGUUCAUCAUCAGACCCAUAUUUAAGGCCAAAUUUUUUGUCAAGGGUCUCACUAAAGGAUAUCUGGAAACCUGCAACAAAGGAAAUUUGUGGAAAUGACAUCUGGAGACAAAUUCAGGCAGCGUUUUCGGUUCUGUUUUCACGAUCAACUUUGCAGGAGCCAGCAUUCAAAGAAUUAGUUUUAUUGUACACUAUGGCAGUGGACAGGAAAGAGGUUGAGAAGAGCUAUGAUAUUCCCACCGUACAGUUGAAAAUAUACAAAAGGAUUCCUCUACCAGAUCUUAAAGUGAUCUUUCCAAAUAAGAAGCUCUCGUUUCGAAUACUCGAUACAGUACGUCUAGACAUUGCAACUAUUUUGGGGCUACUGGCGUAUUUUGUGAACUACAGAUUUGAAGAUUUUUUGAGCUCCCCAUCAGCAUUUAUGCUUGAUGUUAUUGCAACAGCUGCACUUAUCAUCUAUGUAACAAGAGUAGUACUUGGCUACAAGCAAACAUGGGACCGCUACCAACUACUUGUUAACAGGACACUAUAUGAAAAAACUUUAGCAAGUGGUUUUGGCACCGUUCAUUUUCUUGUGGAUGCCUCUGAACAACAAGAAUUCAAGGAAGCUAUUUUGGCGUAUGCAUUUCUUCUUCAAGCAAAAGAUUGUAAGGUGGAGAGUCGGAAAGCAAUUGCUGACCUUUGUGAGCGCUUCCUUUACAGUAAAUUUAAGGAGCAGAUUGAGAUGCCCAUUGAUAAAGCGAUGGAGACUCUACUGAGGCUAGGACUUGUGACUGAAGACUUGAGUUUUGAAGAGACGCAAACUAGAGAAGUUUCAAUGGUGCAUGGGAUCAAGGUUGUCCCACUCAAUAGAUCUUACGAGAUCUUGAAAGAGAAAUGGGGGAAUCUGCUUCAUUGAUAUUAGCUACAUCAAAUUGAAGUCAAUUUUGGGAAAUGCCAAUCCUCAUCUGUGUUUACCAAUGUCCCAUACAAGUUGUUCCUUUGAAAAAUUAUUCCCACUUCAAUCCUUGUAUUGCAUUGUGUACAAGCAUGACAGUACCGAUGCUGUCGUGUUUCCGCUAAAUUGUACAGCAAGUCAUUUGUGAUGCUGUUAUUUUAUUGUUGUGCUAUAGGUGAGAUUCAAGAAAAUUAAGUUUUCCUUCAUCAAUUAGUUAAAAUGAGAUUCCUGGAAAAACGUAUUUAUAGAAGCUUAUAUAGAACAGAAGAUUUUGAAUUACCAUACUAGAUAUUCUAAUGAGUACCUUUGAAAAACAACAAAGAAGCCUAAAAACCAAUGCAGAGUGUAAAGCUAUGAUAUUCUGAGAAAAGAUUAUUGGUAGACUGCUAUUUGUCAGAAAAAAUCCUCAAAAAUCUCAGUUGUUCCUGCAAAUUUCUUUCCAACUGCCAGCAGCAGCAGGAAUCUUCAUCCCAAAAAAUAAAUGCUCCAAUUUUCCAGGAGAGUGCCAAAAUUUGGAGUUGCAGCAAUAUUUAUGUUUUGCAGGAUGCCUAUGUGACACAGAUAGAAAUGGUAAACCUUUCCAUGGAACACCCUUCUCGCUUGGUAUAUUUUUGAAUGUUAAAUCUGAGCUGUUAGAAGAGGCAGAGUCAACUUUUGUUUAAACUUCCAAUUGCCAUGCUACAAACUGCAUUGUUACCAGGUGCCUGAUCUUAGAAGAGAAGGCAUUCUUCUUCCUCUUGUUAAGGCAAUUCACUGGGAUGAAAGACACGUUCCACUUUA